AACCAAUCACCUGCAUUUGACAGUGUGACAUACAUUAUCAUGGCCUUGUGACAUCAACCCUUUUGUCAAUGAAAUGCCGACAAUUAUUCUAACAAGACACAAUGUCAAGAUGAUCCUGUUAUGGGUUACACUGCUUGUUCUUCAUCAAGGAUAUUCUCUAGUUCCAGUUACCACAGUUCGACUUGGUGAACCUGCAACCUUCAAGUGUGCUCUCCGUUAUGAGGAGAUUGGCCGUCCACGGCUCUACUGGUACAAGCAGAGUGCCGGGGAAACUCUGAAAUUAAUUGUGACAGUACCUAAAUCUACAAAACCUGAGUAUGCACCAGAGUUUUCGGCGUCAAGAUUGGAAAUGAACAAUGAUAACAAUUUUAGCAACCUGACCAUACGGAGGACAAUCCAAGAAGAUGAGGGAAUGUAUCACUGUGCAUACACAGAGCGGUAUACAAGUCCUGUAUGGAGUGGGACCUAUUUGUUAAUAAAAGGAAACACUCAGAAGACAUCAAACUAUACUGUUGUUCAGUGGCCGACAGUAUCUGAUCCAGUCGGUCCAGGAGACUCUGUGACUCUCCAGUGUUCAGUCCUCUCCGAUUCUGAGGACAAGACGUGUCCAGGAGAUGACAGUGUGUUCUGGUUUAGAGCCGGAUCAGAUAAAUCUCAUCCAGACAUCAUCUACACUGAUGAAAGAAGACAUGGUGGAUGUGACAAGAGAUCAGGCACUAAAAAGAGUUGUGUUUAUCGCUUCUCCAAGAACAUCAGCUACUCUGAUGCCGGGACUUACUACUGUGCCGUGGCCACAUGUGGGGAGAUAUUAUUUGGAGAUGGAACUAAACUGGAAAUUGUGCGAACAGCAAGCGUUGAAUUUAUUGCAUUGGUUCUAGCCACAGUCUGCUUGGUCCUUUCUGUGACGGGAAACAUUCUUUUCAUCUGUUACCGAACUUCAACACCAGUUUGUUCACAAUUUAAAGGAAUAGAAAGCGCCUCUUCCCGAGCAAGACAUGACAAAUCAAGACAAUCAGUGUAUGAUAUUACUGAAGGUGGACCUGAUCUGAACUACGCUGCGUUGCAUUUCUCUGGAAAAAAACCUACAAGAGGAAGGAAGAAGACUGAAGAAAGUGUGUACUCUCAAGUAAAAUGCUGAAUGUGACUGUGUUUAUAAAAUUGUAAAGGUUAGUUUAGAGAACUGACCUCUUACAAUGAUAACCAUUUUAAACGUUGUGGGUUCCUAUAACUUUUUUGAG